GCUCUGUUCAGUGCCACUCAGCCACGACAGUUGAGCACAGCGAAGCACAGCAAACCCUGCCCUCUGGACAGCAUGGGACUCACUCAAGACCCCAACUUUAACAAGCUGCAGGACUGGUACACAGCCCAUGCCCUGAACCUCAACAUGAGGCACAUGUUUGAGGCUGACAAGGAGAGAUUUAACAAAUUCAGUCUCACAUUGAAAACUGAUGAUGGGGACAUUCUUCUGGAUUACUCCAAGAAUCUCAUCACAGAAGAUGUCAUGAAAAUGUUGAUUGACCUGGGCAAAUCAAGAGGGAUUGAAGCUGCCAGAGAGAAGAUGUUCACAGGAGACAAGAUCAACUUUACUGAGGGUCGUGCUGUGCUCCACGUGGCUCUGAGGAACCGCUCCAACACUCCCAUCAUGGUAGAUGGUAAGGAUGUGAUGCCAGAAGUCAACAAGGUUCUGGAGAAGAUGAAGGGCUUCUGUCAUAGGGUUCGCAGCGGUGAGUGGAAGGGCUACACGGGAAAGGCCAUCACAGAUGUUGUUAAUGUCGGAAUUGGAGGAUCAGACCUUGGUCCCCUGAUGGUCACUGAAGCCCUGAAGCCAUAUUCAAAGGGUGGACCUCGUGUGUGGUUUGUGUCCAAUAUUGAUGGAACUCACAUUGCCAAAACCCUCGCACAGCUCAAUGCUGAGACAACUCUUUUCAUCAUUGCAUCCAAGACAUUCACCACCCAAGAAACCAUUACUAAUGCUGAGUCAGCAAAAGCCUGGUUCCUUGAACAUGCUAAAGAUAAAGCUGCUGUCGCUAAGCACUUUGUGGCUCUCUCCACAAAUGGACCUAAAGUGAAGGACUUUGGCAUCGACACAGAGAACAUGUUUGAAUUCUGGGAUUGGGUUGGUGGUCGUUUCUCCUUGUGGUCCGCAAUUGGAAUGGCUAUUGCCUUGCAUAUUGGCUUUGACAAUUUUGAGAAGCUUCUCUCAGGAGCUCACUGGAUGGACAAACACUUCCGCACGGCUCCUCUGGAUAAGAAUGCUCCCAUCCUGCUCGCUCUGCUGGGCAUCUGGUAUAUCAACUUCUUCCAUGCUGAGACCCAUGCUAUGCUGCCCUACGACCAGUACAUGCACCGCUUCACUGCCUACUUCCAACAGGGUGACAUGGAGUCAAAUGGAAAGUACAUCACUAACCAUGGGGCACGAGUGAACUACCACACUGGGCCGAUUGUUUGGGGAGAGCCUGGAACCAAUGGACAGCAUGCCUUCUACCAACUCAUUCAUCAAGGAACUCGAAUGGUACCAUCAGACUUCUUGAUUCCAGCCCAGACACAGCACCCCAUCAGAGACAACCUGCACCACAAGAUCCUUUUGGCCAACUUUCUGGCCCAGACAGAAGCCCUGAUGAAGGGCAAGACCACAGAGGAGGCUAAGAAGGAGCUGGAGGCAAGUGGCCUGAGUGGGGAGGCUCUGGAAAAAAUCUUACCACACAAGGUAUUCCAGGGAAACCGACCAACCAACUCAAUCAUCUUCAAGAAACUGACUCCAUACACACUUGGUGCACUUAUAGCAAUGUAUGAGCACAAGAUCUUUGUCCAGGGUGUUAUGUGGGAGAUCAACAGCUUUGACCAGUGGGGAGUUGAACUGGGUAAACAGCUUGCAAAAAAGAUCGAGCCCGAGCUCAAGGACACCUCAGAAGUCCACUCUCACGACUCAUCCACCAAUGGACUCAUCAACUUUCUGAAGAAAAAUUUUGCCUAAAUUUUAACACCCCAAUUAUUAUCACUUUAUUGCACACACUAGCCGCCUCAUCAGCUCAGGAUCUGCCUGGACAGGAGUCUCACCCCGGCAGCUGGUCACUCCCACGCACCAGAGCUGAAACACUCUGUAUGUUUAUACUUUCAUUAUGAAUAUCGUGACUGUCUACAAGUGCUGUCUUUUCCCUGUUUGUUCACCACUGUGAGAGGAAAUGCUUUUUGUAUUAGACUGUUGUGGCAGAAUAAAGCAUGCACUCACAUGUC